AUGCGCCUCGGCAAGGCCUGUCUCCUGAUUGUCGGCGAUUUAUUGAGUUUCUUCGUCGACAAGGGCUCCUUUACCCUGGAAUACCGCGAUAAUGGUUACCGAAUGCUUUGUCCAAGCGUCGCCUCCGGGAACCGUGCAUUCCAAGGUGAUCACAGUGUCAACCCCGACGUCGACCUGGCCAGAGGGUACUGA